AGCGGCAUCGGGGCUCUGGUGACAAUUAAUGGCAAACGAUUAAAUCAUUGGCGGCGUCUUUUCCUUCCCAAGAGCUCGGAUGGCCUCGCAGAGAGGUGCCGCGAGAGAGCGCGCACGGGAUCAAUAUCGCCUCUCGGGGUUUCACACAGCUUCCAUUUGUCUGCAUAACGCGAUUUUUAGCUGCUCGCUUUACCACGACCUCCCCAAUUCCGACCCCCCCCCCCUCCCCGUCUCCUUGAUUCGCUACGUUUGAGCCAGCCCUGCAACUUUCAGCGCGGGAUAGCUCUGCAGUCUCCACCGUAGGAGUUUCGCUGCUGCUGCUGGUAUUGCAAAGGCUUCCAAGCGCUCGCCUGGUUUUCACAAAUUAAUUGCACCACCCCCCACCCCCGUGCGUGCGGGAGCGUUCCGAGUCGCGCGGCACGCGGGAUGCCGGGGACUCUGGCCAAGAGACGGCGCCGCCGGCCCCAGCCGCUGCUCAUCCUCGCCCUGGCGCUGGGCAGUGCGGCCGGCGCACUGGUGGCAGCACCCCGGGCAGCGCCUGGGUCGUGUCCUGAGGCGUGCGCCUGCACGCUCAGCCGCCUCGCCUGCAGCCGCAAGGAUCGCUUCUCGGCAUUCCCCAGCGCCACCGCCGUGAGCCAUCGGGCCAACCUGCUCGAGAUAAUUAUAAAGAACCAACCCAGGUUAACAAGCGUCAACCAAAGUGAUUUUGAGCAAUACACCGUUUUGCAAAACCUCACCAUAACCAAUACCGGGCUCAUGAGUAUUUCACAAGAUGCAUUCCGAAACAACAAUCGUCUAAAAUAUAUAAAUCUGGCUAACAACAAAUUGACUCGCAUCUCAUGGAAGGUGUUUCAAGGGCUUCAGCUCAACCAACUGAAUUUGUCCGGGAAUCCCUUAGUGUGCUCUUGUGGCAUUUGGUGGCUGCAGCUCUGGUUGAAGAGAAACCCGGGCACUCUUGGGGGUCAACCCAGCUGCAGAUUAGCGGAGACCGACAGAGUCAUUCCUCUCUCGAGCUGGGCUGCCCCGGGCUGUGACGCUCCGGAGGUGCGCGUGAGCAAAAGCAACAUCUCGCUGUUCGAGGGGGAGGACGACAUGGUGACGUGCAGCGCCACGGGCAUCAUUCCGCUGCUGCGGUGGGAGUUCGCAAACCUGAGCUCCGCGUGUGAGCCGCAGGAGGAGAGUCAGCUCGGCUCGGCGGUGUCCUUGCGCAUAUUUAACAUCUCGUACGAGGACAACAACAAAAACAUCACCUGCGCAGCCGAAAAUGCGGUGGGAAUGGCAAACGUCUCGGUGCAAAUCACCGUCCAAUACAUUCCGAAGAUCAUCUACCUGAACAAGGCAGAGAAGUACCACGUGUGGUGCAUCCCGUUUAUGGUGCGCGGGAACCCGCUGCCCAUGCUCAGCUGGCUGUACAAGGGCGUGGACCUCAACGAGAGCCGCUUCGUCUCGCUGAUCGUGCACCCGCUGGGGCAGGACGGCAUGGAGGGCUGCUUGGACAUGGACUUGGCCACCCAUCACAAUAACGGAAACUACACCCUGGUUGCGAGCAACAGCUUGGGCACUGUGUCGCGCACCGUCUACUGCCACUUCAUGAACAGCUCCGGUUUCCUUUCGGAGGAAGUCGUCAUCAAAAGCGACGGGCCAAUCUCACCGAACGCGACACGGGAGGAGCCAGAGGGCGAGGCAUACGGGGUGUACUUGGCAGUGAGCAUUGCGGCAUUUGCUUGCAUCGUACUCGCUGGAAUGAUCGUCCUAAUCAACAAGUACGGACGUUCCAAAUUCAACAUGAAAGGCUCCAGCAUGGUGGUGGGCGAGGAGGACUCAGCGAGUCCCCUGCACCACGUGGCUCAUGGCAGCGGCGGCUCCGUGUCGUCCGGAGACGGCGGCUCUGACACGGUUCUCAUCGGCAUGACGCGCAUCCCCGUCAUCGAGAACCCGCAGUACUUCAGCGACUCGCUGGGCCCCGGCAAGGACGCGCACAUGUUUGUGCCGCACAUCAAGCGGCAGGACAUCGCGUUGAUGUGCGAGCUGGGGGAGGGUGCCUUCGGCAAGGUGUACUUGGCCGAGUGCUCCAGCCUGGACGUCGGCCAGGAGCCGAUGCUCGUCGCCGCAAAGACUCUGAAGGACCUGAGCGAGGGGGCCCGGAAGGACUUUUACCGCGAGGCAGAGCUUCUCACGAACCUGCAGCACGAGCACAUCGUGCGAUUCUACGGCGUCUGCGUGGAGGGGGAACCCCUGAUCAUGGUGUUCGAGUACAUGAAGAACGGCGACCUCAACAAGUUCCUCAGGCUGCGUGGCCCGGACGCGGUGUUCAUGGGGGACGCCCCGCAGGCCGAGCCGCGGCUGCUCGGCCAGGCCCAGAUGCUGAAUAUGGGCAGCCAGAUCGCAGCGGGCAUGGCGUACCUGGCGUCGCAGCACUUCGUGCACCGAGACCUGGCGACGCGCAAUUGCCUCGUGGGCGCGGGGCUUGUGGUCAAGAUCGGGGACUUUGGCAUGUCCCGCGACGUCUACAGCACCGACUACUACAGGGUGGGCGGCCACACGAUGCUGCCCAUCCGCUGGAUGCCCCCAGAGAGCAUCAUGUACCGCAAGUUCACGGCGGACAGCGACGUGUGGAGCCUGGGCGUCGUGCUGUGGGAGAUCUUCACCUACGGCAAGCAGCCCUGGUACCAGCUCUCCAACACGGAGGUCAUCGACUGCAUCUGCCAGGGCCGCGUUCUGGAGCGGCCACGCAGCUGUCCCAUGGAGGUGUACGAGCUGAUGUUGGGUUGUUGGCACCGGGAGCCCCAGCACCGCCUGGGCAUCAAGGACAUCUUGGCUCGUCUCGAGAGCUUGGCCAAGAUGUCCCCCGUUUAUCUCGAUAUCUUGGGGUGACCAGUGCCCUCUCGCCUUCGCUUCGCAAUGUGUUUUUUUGUAUUUAUUGGUGGGGGGGAGGGGUGUGUUUGUUUCUUUUUUAAAAUGGGUUCCCUCUGUUGAUUGUGAAGGGAUGUAAAGUCUGUUGUUGUGCGGAAUCGGUAAUCACAUUCGUCGUGUCCAGGGUGAGAGAGUAAGAUAAUUAGAAUUGAAUGUGGUAAAAGAAAGUACAUAUUACGAUCAUCUUACACGUAACCCUAAAAUGUACUUCCCAAAAAGGGGAACGGGCUUCUUGGGAGAAGCUAUGAAUGGUCACACGUUGAGGCACGAUGCAUGAGAUAUUAAUGCUGUCAUCACAUUUCAAAUUCCCCUCUUUUUAAAAAAUCUUAAAAAUGUUCAAGUAAAUUACAGUUCCAUGAUUUUCACGAGCCUUAUAUGACUUUCUUUAAAAGGUUUGGUAUUUGCUCCAAUGUUACGUUAGAGCAAAUUACCUUUGCUGCACGCAGUGUUUCAGAUUUAAUUUCAAAUUUAAUUUUCCAUAGCAGGCACCACACUGCGCGGAACUUGACAGCGUGAAUUCUCUUUGCAAGCCUCUCUGCUCAAACUUGCUGCCGUCAGUAUUUAAGCAGUCACUGUUUGUCGACAGUGACCAUCCUCGAUGGUAAAUUACUUCGCCAGAGUUUGGACCAUCAGGCUUAAUUUCCUGCAUACAUUAUCUACAUCGGUGCAAAAGGUCAUUGUCAUCGAACUUUGAGCAUUGUUAGAUCUUCACCCAUCAUUUCAAGAGUUUCAUCAGAACAACUAAUUUGAGGCGAGCAAAUGAUCAAACUAGGUGUGUUAGGGUGGGUGUGGGAUGGCAAACUUCAUUUUCAGAUUGGACAUAUCGAUAUGAAUGCACAUAAGAUAACAAAAAAUAUCCUCGUGUAUAUUUGUUAAGAGACAAGUUAUGCGUUAAGAAUAUCAGUGUCAUCACACAUAAUCAGUCCGAUUCUCUUGGGCAUCGUCAUCAUCAUCGUCGUCGUCAUCAUCCAUGAGCAUCUAAAGUCGAUACAAAAAAACCUCUCCCGGGUGACUUCGUUCACCAAGCGGGAACGGCGAAGCAUUCGUAGAGAUGUUCUACAAAGCAAGCGGCUGCCCCCUCGGUCAUGGUCGAGCGUGGGGGAGGCCCUCGCUCCCCGUGCCACCCUCGUGACAAACACGAGAACCCCGUUUAGCGUGCGCGCCAGCCAGCCAGCCAGCCAAAUCGACUGCACCUCGCUCGCCGAUGCAUACAGAUCAAUGGGCGGCGGUGGAGGGGGGGAUGCGGUGGUGGGAGGAUGGCAAGCCCUGCAUAUAUUUAUCGAUUGGUUUUAUUUCGUAGAAGAGUGCGCUUUGGCACCGCGUCGCAGACUCAAAUGUCGCGCGACUCUCCGCCCGCGGAUCUUGGUGGGCGCGCGACGUGA